AUCCCGCCCCGUCGGCGGAAGAGAGCGGGGCCGUGUUUCCGGGGGAGAAGGGGGAGCGGCGGGCGCAGCCAGCGUGUCCCGGUGCCGGCGGGGCCGGGCGGGCGCCAUGGGCCCGGCCCGCCGCAGGGACGCGCUCCGGCUGCGCGGCGGAGGGUCCCCGCCGCUCCUGCGGCUCUUCCCCGGCCGCCUCUCCGCAUUCCCGCUGUUCCUCCUGGCGCUGCUGCUGGGCUUCGCCUCGCUGCUCUGGCUCCAGCUGAGCUGCACGGGAGAGGGGCCGGCGGCGGGCGGGCAGCACAGGGGGGUUCCCCGGCAGCCCUGCCCGGCCCCCGCGCCGCUGCAGCCGCCCGAGGAGGAGCCGUCGUGGGGACCGCACCGGCUGGCGCUGCUGGUGCCCUUCCGAGAGCGCUUCGAGGAGCUGCUGGCCUUCGUGCCCUACAUGCACCGCUUCCUCAGCAAGAAGAGGAUCCGCCACCGCAUCUUCAUCCUCAACCAAAUGGAUCAUUUCAGGUUUAACAGGGCAUCCCUGAUCAACGUGGGCUUCCUGGAGAGCGGCAACGACACCGACUACAUCGCCAUGCACGACGUGGAUCUUCUGCCCCUCAACGAGAACCUGGACUACAGCUUCCCGGAGGCAGGGCCCUUCCACGUGGCAUCCCCUGAGCUGCACCCUCUCUACCACUACAAGACCUACGUGGGUGGCAUCCUGCUGCUCACCAAGCAGCACUACGAGUUGUGCAAUGGCAUGUCUAACCGCUUCUGGGGCUGGGGACGGGAGGACGAUGAGUUUUAUCGGCGUAUCAAAGGAGCUGGUCUCCAGGUUCGUCGUCCCUCUGGAAUCACAACUGGAUACGAGACUUUCCAGCACCUGCAUGACCCAGCCUGGAGGAAGAGAGACCAGAAGCGCAUCGCUGCACAGAAGCAGGAGCAGUUCAAGGUGGAUCGGGAGGGAGGCCUGAACAACGUCAGGUACCGAAUUGAGUCACGGACAGAUCUGAGCGUGGCAGGAGCCCCUUGCACCGUCCUUAAUAUCUUGCUGGACUGUGACACAAACGAGACCCCCUGGUGCACGUUUGGCUGAGCCCGUCCCUGCGUGCCAGUCGUGUGCUCUGUGCUGGUGCCAAGACUCCGUGGCUGCCGUGGAGCUGCCUGGAGCAGGCAGGGGUUUUGCAGUGGAUGAGCAUGGCAGUGCUGGCGAGACACAGAGGAACAGAAGAGGCUGAGAACUGGACUUUGCUGGGAGGAACAGAAGAGGCUGAGAGUGGGACUCGCUGGUAUCGCUGCAGGCGCCGGUGCUGCCUCCCAGGGCAGGUGCAGGAGUUGGUUUUCCUGUGCUGGACAUGGCUGAGCUGCCACGCAGCUCACAGGACAAUAAAGAACUGUCAGGGCACCUGUGAGUUGUGAAUGCCCUGGGCUGUGCUGGCGCUA